AUGUCUUCUGGGGCGCCCGCCGACGUGGCGCAGUCCGCAUCGCAAGCUCUCCUUCACCUCUCUCUAUAUACAGGGUCAAAGAAGAAGAACAACAAAAAGAAGAAGGGCAACAAGCCAAAGGCGGUAGAGACAGACAAGGACACGACGACAACGACAACGACCGCGCAAGCCGAGACUGAGGAGCAGUCUGACGUUCCAGAGACACCGGUCACAGACGGUCCGAAAGAGGAAGAAGCAGCAGCCUCAAAACCAGAGAGCCCUGCCAAGGACGACGCCAAUUCAAACGGUCAUGCCUCCAAGGGAGCGGCGAAUGGCGAACCGGUAAAGUCCUCGAGCUCGUCUUCCGACACGAGCGCCAAGCUGGAGGCCAUGUCCCAGGAGAGAGAGGCGCUGCGGUCCGAGGUGGAGCAGCUGCGGAAACAGCUCGAGUCGAUACAGGAGAAGCACAAUGCCGAGACGACGCAGCUCAAGUCGGACCUCGAGGAGAGCGAGGCCGCCAAGGAGCAGGCCGAGGAGCAGUACCAGAACCUGCUCGGCCGCGUCAAGGAGAUCAGAGAGACGCUGGGCGAGCGGCUAAAACGGGACCGGCAGGAGCUGGAGGAGGCCAAGGACCGCAUCGACGAGCUCGAGUCGCAGAACGAGGAGCUGGCCAAGGGCUCGCAGGCGUACGAGGCCGACAUCUCGAGGCUCAAGGAGGAGCUGCGCGAGUCCAACGGGGAGCUGACGACGCUGCGCAGCCGGAGCAACCUGUCGCAGCAGAACUGGGUCAAGGAGCGCGACGACAUGGUCCGCCAGAUGCAGCACCUCAAGAACGAGCUCGAGUCGACGAGCAACGCCAUGGGCGAGUGGGAGGUCAUCGCCAUGGAGGAGCGGUCCGUAAGAGAGAGUCUGCAGGAUAAGGUCGGCGACCUCGAGGAGCAGCUCGCCUCGGCGCGGGAGGCAUUUGAGCGUGCGGCGUCGGAGCGCGACACACAGUCCCAGGCCAUUGACGGCCUGCAACGGGCCUUGCAGGACAUCCAAGACGCGCGCAAGAAGGAGCUGCGCGAGAUGGUCGAGUCGUCCGAGGAGCAGCUCGAGGCCAUGAAGAAGCGGGUGCAAGAGGCAGACUCCAAGGCCGCCGAGGCCGAGUCGGCCAAGGACGCGCUGGUCAAGGAGCUGGAGCGCACGGCGCCGUUCGAGAAGGAGGUCAAGGAGAAGAACCUGCUCAUUGGCAAGCUGCGGCACGAGGCCAUUGUGCUCAACGACCACCUCACCAAGGCGCUCAAGUACAUCAAGAAGAACAGGCCAGAGGAGAACGUCGACAGAGCCGUUGUUACAAACCUCUUCCUCCAGUUCCUGGGCCUCGACAGGUCGGACCCGAAGAAGUUCCAGGUCCUGCAGGUCAUCGCCGGCAUGCUCAACUGGACCGAGGAGCAGAAGGAGCAGGCCGGGCUCGCGCGGCCCGGCACGGCGAGCCACAGCUCCCUGCGCCUGCCCUCGUCGCCCUUCCACCGCACGCCGAGCACGCCCUCGCUCAACACCGAGUUCUUCUCGGAGCCGACGCCCACGUCGUCGACCAAGGAGUCGCUGUCGGACCUGUGGGCCGGGUUCCUCGAGCGCAGCGUCGAGGAGGCGGCUGCCGAGACGGCGGCCGCGGCGUCGCGCAAGGGCAGCGACGCGAGCCUCGCUAUGGGCCCGCCGCCGCCCGGGGGAGGCGCGGGCGGGGGGAGGCCGGAUACGAGGGGUUGA